UUAAAGAGACAAAUAUUCAAGAAUCAGUGGGGUACGCAGGGGUGAAGGAUUCUUGUCUACAGGAGGACACUCUGAUCAGUUGCAGCCACCUCCAGAAAUAUAGAAGUUUAGGGGCUACAUUCCCAUUGAACCAUGGCACGGACAGCCCUAGUCAUAUUAGCAUUACUCUCAGGAGUACUAUAUACAUCAGCACAAAUAACAAGCACAUCGUGCGGUUUUGAGGGAUUGGCUAAAGGAUCAACAAGUGUUUGCAAUAGUUGGACUCAGGAUACCAACGACGAUGCUGAUUGGACGGUCGGGGAAGGAAGUACCCCAUCUGGCAACACAGGACCUAGUGGAGCGCGAUCAGGAAGUAAAUAUGGCUACUUUGAGGCAACAGACGUCAAAGAACCAAACAGACGGACACGAAUAAUUUCACCGACCUUACUAGGAACUGGUUAUACAUACAACGUCUCAUAUGGCUACCACAUGUUUGGGAGUCAUAUUGGACGCGUUCGAGUUUAUACUCGACAAGGAGGAUCUCUAAGUGAAGUUGCAGCAGCAGGACGCCAAGGGCAGCAACAGACAAGUAGUGACGCUCCAUGGGGCUUGCAAACUGUGACUCUGCCCUUGAUUAAUGGAAAUUUCGAGGUUGUUUUUGAGAUUGAGAACGGCAUUAAUCUGGAGCCAGGUAAUGAUCAUCCUUUCCGGGGAGAUAUUGCCAUUGAUGAUAUUGGGAUUGAAGGAACUAAUGGCGACGGUGACUCUGGCAAUGGCGGCGAAGACUCUGGCAGCGGAGCUUCAGGAGGUUGCGCUGGAGGUACUGCCGAUAUUGGUUUUGUGGUUGACUUCUCUGGAAGUUUGGAUGACACGCAGCUUAGAUCAGUGUUGGAUUUCACAAAGAGUCUGAUAGAUCUAUUGGAUAUUGGAGAAGAUAAUGUUCGUGUGGGAUUUAUUUCUUUUACCAAUGAAGUAAUCACCAGAUUCAAGAUGAACGAGAUGUAUGAAAAAGCUGAGAUUUUGGCUAAAAUUGACCCUUUGCUCCAAAACAGAGGCAAUAGAGGAUCAACCAAUCUAGCAGGAGGUUUGAACCAAUUGAUAGACGACCUCUACGCUCCUGGAAAUGGCGAGAGAGAUGGUAUCAUUGAUAUAGCUAUCGUUAUAACUGACGGGAAAAGUUCCCCAGAAUUCCGAGACGCCCUACCAGCUGCUGUUCAAAAGAUCAAGAAUAGAAGUGGAAUGAUUCAAUUUGGAAUCGGAGUCAAAAAUGCUGACUUCGAUGAAGCCGAAUUAAGAUCUAUUGUUACAUCUGAUGCUUACUACUUUGAUGUUGAAGACACUGCCAGCCUUCAAGAAAUUACUGCAGAAGUUGUACAGAAAACUUGUAAAAAAAAACCGGAGCAUCCGUGUCAUGAGAAAUGCCAGUACACGCCCCCACCUCCCAAGACAGAUCAACCUGGACUGCGUCGGUACAGUCGGGUGAACGCGAUCUUGGAUUGCACUUAUGAAGAUAACUGCGACAUACAAUUUCUCAAAGACUUUGCAGCUGAACUUGACCGGCAACCUAAUUGCAAAAUGUAUUACCCACUGAAGGCAGCAGCAGAAAAUCGGCUUUAUGUUGUGUAUGGUUGUGAUAGCGCGGGACAUCUAGAGAAAGCACUGUUUACGAAAGAUCCCCGUUUCAAGUGCGAUGUGCAGCCAGUGAUGGACUACUAUGACUUUGCGACAUUGACACUUGGUCUUGAAGUAUCUCCAAAUGCUGUGGUGGCUAUAAUGCCAAGGGCCUCUCUAAAGUGUGAAACGCUUAUAGCUGUAUUCCGUGAGCUUAGCUAUCCACCGGGUAAGACGUACGAUGAAAUCAUAUCUGCGUGGAGAGCACAUGCAGAGAAAUCGUUUUUACAGAAAGGGACACCUGAGGGUGGAAAUCGAGAAGUUUUCCAUUAUGUGGGAGAGGAGAGGGAAGUGGUUUUCCGUGUCUGGGACAAUCCAGAGCAAUUGGACUACAACACUGCAUCUGCAAUGCAAUGUAAGAGGUAA